GAUUUAAUCCACUAGUCUUCUUUAGCCUAAAUCUAUCUCAAAGACUUGUCUUUUUCUUGUUUUUUUUUAAUUUUUUGUUGUUUUUGUUUGAUUUGAUCUUCUCAUUACUCCCUACUGAUUCAAUAUGUCCAAAAUUUUUACUUUUGAAGAAAUAGAAGCCCACAACACCAGAGAUGACUUGUGGAUGGUCAUCGAAGGCAAAGUCUACGAUUGCACUUCUUUCUUAGAUGAACAUCCAGGUGGUGAAGAAGUUAUGAUUGAUUGUGGUGGAAUCGAUGCCACUGGUCCAUUUGAUGAUAUCGGCCAUUCUGAAGAUGCAAGAGAAAUGUUGGAACCUUUGUUAAUUGGCAUUAUAGAUCCAACUUCUGUUGCAAAAAACUCAUCUGCUGCUGCUUCUAGUUCUUCUGGACAAGCUUCUCCUGUACCUAUGAUCUUUGCUGUAUUGGCUGCUAUUAGUGCUGCUGGUUAUUAUUUUUUGGUUUUUAAAAAAUAGAUUUAAAAUCAAGUCGAAUUAAACUAAAAUAAAUUAAAAUAAUCAAGAGCAAAACAAAAAAUUCCAAUUCCAAUUCCAAUUCAAUAUUAUUCGAUUAUUAUCUUCAUAUUCUUUUCUAAAUCUUUGUGUCGUGUUGUGUUGUGUUGUUUUUUUUCUUUUUUUUCUUUUCU